AAUAAAAUAAAAAGAAGAAGAAGAUGAGGAGGAUCUUUUGAAUGGCUUCGGGUAUAUGAGUAUUGUUUACAACCUGAGCCUCGGUGCAUCUCCGAUGAACGAGGUGCAGUCAGUGCCACAGGGGCUGUCAGCUGCCUGGGACACAGUGACGUCUGCACUGGUGUCUCCAUUGCCACCAAAUGUUUCGACUGAUGAGGUUCUCUCUGAAGCCUUGACGCUGCUGGGUGUACAUGGACUGGGACAGUAUGUGGAGGGUUGGCUGCUGGAGACUCUGCAGGUGCGUUUGACUACUUUUGUUGCUCCAGAGUUCUGGACGGGGCUCAAGCAGCCUGAGGGGGAGUCACAGGAGAGGGACAGGGCAAAGGCUUUACUGGCAGCCUUCAGAAACCUUCUCCAAGAGCUGCAACCUUUCCUUGGUGGUCUUGAGAGACUGGGCUCAUGGCAGGAUGAGAGCUGUGGGGGUUUGUCUGGUUCAGGAGCCCAUGGUCUGACUGAGAGAGCUUUCUCUGUCAUUCGUGCCAUUCUACUGUUCUCUCCUCCACCUGUGCUGCACGAGCGUGUGUUGGAGUUUUACAGCCGCACAUUCUCCGUACACAUGAGUCAGGCAGGGGAAGCUGUGGAGGCGGAGGAGGGCACAGCGGAACACGAUGAAGGUGGUUUGUGCCCAGGCUGUGCCACCCUCCCUCACCUGUGUUGGUGUCUAGAAGCUCUAGAGCAGCUUCAAGAUCUCAGCCACAUACUCUCCAGACUACAGCUGUUGGAACGUGUGAGCUCGGAGGCUGUGACCAGCAUCCUGCACAAGCUGAUAGAGCAGAGGAUGGAGCAGCGCUGCAGGGGAGAAUACGAGAGCUCUUUUCUCACAGACUUCAAUGAUUGGUUGGGGCAGGUUUUGGGAUGGCUGAGCAGGGUGUUUGCCAGUAAGGUGGAAGAGGUGGGCAACGAUGUCACCCCUUCAGAUGGCACAACAGGUCAGCCAGCCAAUGCUCUCCUCCAGCGCUGGCACUGUCACAUGCACCAGUUCUUCUGCCGUAUCUAUGUUAACAUGAGGAUCGAGGAGCUUUUCAGCAUCAUACGAGAUUUUCCAGAGUCUAUUCCUGCCAUUGAGGAUCUUAAGUUCUGUCUGGAACGGACCAAUCAGAGACAACAGCUUCUUGCUUCCCUCAAAUCAGCCUUUGAAACACGACUGCUGCAUCCAGGAGUCCACACAUCUGACAUUAUCACUGUUUACAUCUCUGCCAUUAAAGCUCUAAGAGAGCUUGACCCCUCUAUGGUGAUCUUGCAAGUGGCCUGUCAACCCAUUCGGAAAUAUCUCAGAACACGUGAGGACACUGUGCGUCAGAUAGUGGGCAGUCUGACGGGUGACACAGAGGGUUGUACUGAUCUAGCCAAUGAGCUCUCUCGAGCUGACCCUGUUACCUUGGAGACACAGGAUAGUGAAGAUGAGGGGAGUGAUCCAGAGGACUGGACCCCAGAUCCCACUGAUGCUCUUACAGAUAAAACCGGCUCUAAACGGCGCUCAUCUGACAUCAUCAGUCUGCUGGUCAGCAUUUACGGAAGUAAAGAGAUCUUCAUUAAUGAGUACAAGACUGUACUGGCCGACCGACUUCUGCAUCAGCUCAACUACAACACAGCCAGAGAGAUUCGCAAUGUAGAGCUGCUGAAACUGAGGUUUGGCGAGUCCCACAUGCAUUACUGUGAAGUGAUGCUAAAGGAUGUAGCAGACUCUCGGCGGAUCAACACUAAUAUCCGUGAGGAAGAGAGUCGUCUUCCUGUAGAGGAGCAGUCUACUUUACCACUGUCUGCCAUGAUCAUCUCAUCUGAGUUCUGGCCCCAGCUGAAGGACGAGAAGAUGGAACUGCCUUCAGUCAUCUCUAAAGCCAUGGAGGACUACACACACCGCUUUGAAAAACUCAAGGCCAUGAGGACUUUGAGAUGGAAGCCUCACCUGGGUUCUGUUACGCUGGAUGUGGAGCUGGAGGACAGAACCAUCGCAAACCUCACAGUGACUCCUAUCCAUGCUGCCAUCAUUUUACACUUCCAGGAAAAAGGCACAUGGACAUUGGAAGAGCUGAGUGGCGUUCUGGGUGUGCCGCAAGAGAUGGUGCGCAGGAAGUUGGCGCUGUGGCAGCAGCAGGGUGUGCUGCGUGAAGAAGCUGGAGGUCGGUAUACUGUGCAGGAGACGAGCUCUUGCAGAGAGAGAUCUGACAGAAGUGUCAUGCUCAUAGAGAGUGAUGAGGAGGGAGACUCCAACACCGCAACACAGUCUGAGCAGAGAGAAGAGAAGCUACAGCUGUUCUGGGCCUACAUUCAGGCCAUGCUGACUAACCUGGAGAGCAUGACUUUGGAGAGGAUCCACUCCAUGCUGCGAAUGUUUGUGGCCGCCGGGUCUGGGGUGACUGAGAUGGAUGUGAAUGAGCUGCAGGCUUUCCUGCAGAAGAAAGUCAGAGCCCACCAGCUUAUUGUGUCCACUGGUGUCUACAGACUACCCAAGACCACUCAAUAGUCAGAAACGAUUGAGUGGAGACCAUAAAACAAUCAUGAACUUUUUCUCGUAAUUUCUGUCAAAGGCACAAAUUAUUCUGGUUUGCUCAUUGUGCAAAAUAAUAAAACAAUGACAUUUUUGUAAUCUCA